GAGCCUUCCUCCUUUAUUCCAUUAACGCCUCUCGUUCAGGAGGGAGCCAGGAGGACUACCUGCAGUUAAUACUUGUCUUUUGACAGGAGACAUGGCGUCCAAUAAUAGUUCUGUUGGCAAAUGGGAGGUGGUGAAGAAGGGCAAGAAAAACAGCAGCUCAGUUGCUGCUAAAACCACAACCGUGAAGAAAAGCAACUCCGGGAACAGAAAAGCUCUCGGGGAGUCAAACUAUCCAUCCAGACUGCCCGUGAGGAUGUCGGAGACGUUGUUUGAAUCCCUGGAGAAGAUUGGAAAGAAACAGAACAAAGAGCAGGUACCACCACCAGGUGAACCUCCUAACAAGAAGUCCUCUUCAUUGAGUAAACCAGCCAAGAAGUCACCCAGCAGCAGUCCAGCCACAAAGGCAACUCACAAAACACUAGAGGAUGCCUUUAAAGCUCUAGAUAUCAACGACCUGAAGCAGCAGUUGGCCAACAGUCAGACCCUGUUUCCCAAAAAUCCGUCGGUGUGGUUGAAGGACCUAGCCGGGUACCUCAAUCUCAAAUUGACUGCUCCUGAGACGGAGCCGACCCUCAGCAGCUAUGCUCAUGACUACCCCUACUGUCUUUCUGGAAAGGAGCUUAAGACUGUGAUCAAAGGCCUCAUUGGGCGGUGCAGCGACAUCCUGCCAGAUUUCUUUGACCACUGUGUUUACACCAUGCUUCGCGAGCUGGACAGGCAAUCAGGGGAGCCCCUUCACGGAUACAGGGUUUGCAUCCAAGCGGUCUUGCAAGACAAACCCAAAUUGGCAACCCAGAACUUGCCCGAGUAUUUGGAAUCGCUGCGGUCUGUUCAGACUCAUCCUGUCAAGUGUUUGACCAUCAUGUGGGCUCUCGGCCAAGCUGGAUUUUAUGACUUAAGUCAGGGACUAAGAGUGUGGCUUGGUAUCAUGCUUCCUGUGCUGGGAGUGAAGUCGCUGUCUUCAUAUGCCAUUGCCUACCUGGAGAGGCUGCUCCUCCUACAUGCAAAUUUGACCAAGGGAUUUGGCAUCAUGGGUCCUAAAGAGUUCUUUCCCUUACUUGACUUUGCUUAUAUGCCCAAGAAUGCCCUGUCAUCAAGUCUACAGGAGCAGCUGAGGCGCCUGUACCCUCGACUAAAGGCCUUAGCAUUCGGAGCCAAACCUGAGAGCACCUUGCACACGUACUUGCCUUCAUUCUUGUCCAGAGCCACGCCACACUGUCCAGAAGACAUGAAGAAAGAGUUGCUCAGCAGUAUGACAGAGUGUCUGUGUGUAGAUGUACAGAGUUUGGGAGUAUGGAGGCAGCUCUAUACAAAACACCUAGCCCAAUCAAGUCUGCUGCUGAAUCAUUUAUUGAGCUGCUGGAAGACUCUGUCACCAAAGCUGAGGAAGAACCUUCAAGAAACUAUUCAGUCUUUCAAAGUGACCAAUGAUGAAAUGAGAGAAAAAAACCAAUCUCAGGACCUUCACGAAUGCAAUAACUUGUGUCAGAGUAUCCAAGUAAAGAUGCGUGGACGUGGGUUCCCUUGGUCCAAGCUGCUUAUGGUCCUGCUGGUGUUUGUCGCCGGGUUCAUCGCUCACGACGUCCGAUCUCACGGCUCAUUCAGCGACUCAGUCACAGCCAAACAUCUCCAUAGCUCAGGUGUGACAUCUGUGUCUCAGCAGGCUUUGAGUAGAGUCACCGUCUACUCUAAGCAGGGCAUCAGUUGGUUGGAGACAAACACUCCUUAUUAUUACUCUGAGGGUGUACGAGUUUUGGGACCAGUGUUGAAACAAGGUCUGGAGAAGACCCAAACCGCAGCUGUCGUCAUCUCUGAGAGAACUACUCAGGGCAUCCUGUGGGUCAAAGAAAACUUGCCACUGCUCAUAGAAUGGGUGAAGACACACACUCCUGACAGUGUAUUCCAGGCGUUGGCUUAUCUGAGGGAGCUGCUUAUCUUCAUCCACCAAAAUUACAUUGCGCCCACAUUGAUGUUCCUCUUUGAACUGCUUGAACGAGCGUGGACCAACCUUCAGGACUCAUGCGAUGGGGAAGUAACUGUUUCAUGUCUGCAAGGACACGUUUUAUCCUUCACCAACUCUACGUGGAAACUGCUCCAACAUACGACAUCUGCCAUCAACACGUGGGCUCAGGAGCUCUUGACACAAGCGUAAUGCACGACAAUCACAUUUUGCACACGGUCAAAAAAAAUCCCACCAAUCCAGUCUGAGCUUGCUUUACAAUGCAUCUGCUCCUCUGAUUAAACUGUGAUUGGACUCUGUAGGGUCAAACAAGGAACAUGUAAGAGGACCCUUUUGUAUUAUAGGUUGGCUACAUUUUGAGUAAUUAGCUGAGUGUUAUAAAAGUUUUGUUCUACCAAUUUGUUUUUUCACACAGUAAGUUUAUUCUUUCCCUGAGUUUUCUACUGUAAAAGUCGGCUUUUGGGUAAAAAAAAAUAAAAUUUCUGUAGGCUUUAAAAAAUGAUUUAUAAAUAUAUUUUUUAAAUUAAAUGUACUGGAAAAUGUUGUAUUAAAACUUAAAAGUGCAGGAAAACGACCAGAAGUGUGUUGAAGACUUCUAGAAAGUUGGACCCCAAUGUGUGUUUAAUGUGCUUUGCUUUUAAAGCCAUCAAUAUUAGGUAAAGUUAACUGCGUAGUGUUAACAGUUCUAAAACCUCCUUCCCAAGAUGCUAACACGGUGUUGGAGUGAAACAUUGUCGCAUUAAUCCAGACGGUCCUCCUGCUGACUUUAUACAGAUUUCAAUCUGCUCUUUUCCCCAACCCCCCUCCUUCACUGCCAUCAGGAAGUGAAAGGCAGCACUACAGUAAUUUAUGUUGAAUUAUUUCUAAUGUGUGUCUCAGUAGGUUGGUAAGGUAAGGCCGGAAAGUAUCAAACAUAUCACACCAGCUGAUUCAUCAGAUUUUUGGAUGACAUGUCUUAUCUAAAUAAAUGAUUUAUAAUAAAGACUGUUUGUUGCAAUGA